AGAACGACUCUAGGAAUCAACCAAUAGGUAUCAGAAAAAGGAAAGGUUGUAGUCAUGUAGGUGCUAAUUUUGAUGGGGCACGUAAUAAUUUGAUUAAUGAUUGAACAAAUUUCCUAAUUUCCUUAGCCUCUAUAUAUGGAAGCCCACCACUUAUGUAUCUGGCACCCAUCACAAUACAAUUCCUUUGUGUCUGCUGGAAGCUCACACACCACAUAUAUGUGACAUAAGUUUCUCGCUGUCGACAACUUGUUUCUUUAAUUUUCUCCUUUUCAUUAGUAACACAAAAUCAAAAAAUUUCUAUUAAAUCAAGCUCUUCCCACCUUGCUUCCAUCAAAUUUAAAAAUAACCCUUCUUCUCCUCCUCCUCCUACAAAUUUUUAACUAAUUUUAAUUUGAAUCAUCAAUGGCUCGCUCCUUCAUUAACGUCAAGGCUAUCUCUGUUCUUGUUGCCGACGGAUUCUCCAACUCUCUUACUAGACGAGGAUACGCAGCAGGUGCAACAGAAAACGCAAGAAGAGGAGCAGCAACAUCAAUGAGCGGAAAGAUGGUACCACCCAAAUCAGGGGAAGACAAGGUGGCAAAUUCUGAAAAGGUAGCGUGGGUCCCAGACCCUGUUACUGGUUACUACAAACCGGAGAACACGAACCCCAAAGAGAUUGAUGUUGGUAACCCACGAGCCACGGUUUUGGGCAAUAAGUAAUUCAAAAUAAGAAUCACUAAUUUCAAAUUUCAACCCGCUGUUAUGUUGGUGAUUUUAAAUGGUUUGGAAAUAUUUUCUCUCAUUUUAAGUAUCAACAAAGAAAAUUAGAUCACUGUAUUUGAUCUCAAUAAAAAUCUAUGUAAUUAUUCAAAUUUUAAAUUAAUAUAUUAAUUUUUGUUGUUUUAAUUUAAGACUUAAAGAAGCAUUAUGAACUA